AUGGAGAAAAUCGCUCUGGCUGCGAGCGAGGCAGCUUCGCCAAGCUCGCAAAAUGCUGAUCCAGCGAUGAAUCCCACCGCCACGGUCGGGGUGCAAUCACAAGGAGUAACCAGGAUGGAGGCUAUGUAUCGCUCAACGAAAGGGGACAGGAGGCUGUUAUGGCUUGCAGGCAUCUCAGUUUCGGUCUGUGCCUGGGUGUAUUCAUUGGACUUUGCGACAUCGCACAACUAUUCUGUUGAUGUCUCAUCUUAUUACCGUCAACAUAGCACAGUCCUCGCCACCUUGGGCAUUGUCACAAACAUCAUAAGCGCGGUGAGCAAGCCCUUCAUCGCGAAAUUUUCGGACAUCACAAGCAGGCCAUACACGUACAUAUUUGGGCUCGUGUUCUACGUUAUGGGCUAUGUUAUCGUAUCGACCUCAUCAUCCAUCUCGGCAUAUGUCGUUGGGGAAGCCUUCGUGUCACUUGGCAGCUCUGGAAUAGAUCUUGUGAACGAUAUCAUCGUUGCCGACCUGACGCCCCUGGAAUGGAGGGGAUUCUUGGGAGGAUUGCUAUCAACGCCGUUUGUAAUCAACACCUGGUUUGCUGGAAAGAUUGUACAGGCAAUAUUGUCCAAGGGUCAGUGGAGAUGGGGUUACGGGAUGUUUGCUAUCAUCAUGCCAGUCGCCAUCACCCCAGCGAUUGCCACCCUCAUCUAUCUCGACCGAAAAGCGAAAAAGUCUGGCACGGUCAGCCUUGCCUCAGGUGGCGAGGCUCAGCAUGCGGAGAAGCAAGUCUCGGAUCAGAUUGGCCACGACGGCGUACCAACUAUCAACUCAAUGACAGUUACCUCAUCCCGAGGUAGCUGGUUACAAAAGUUUAAGCGUGGGAUGAUAGAAAUUGACUCAUUUGGACUGCUGCUACUCGGAUUUGGUUGGGCACUUCUUCUUCUUCCAUUCUCCCUAAAGACUUACGCACAGCAUGGAUGGAAAAACCAAUCACUUAUCGCAAUGUUUGUGGUUGGUGGUGUAUUAUGGAUUGCCUAUGUGGUGUAUGAAAUCAAAUGGGCCCCGAUGCCUAGUGCACCAAGAAGAUUGUAUCCGGAAACAUGCGUGGCCUUUACUGGUCAUCUUACGUUUACGUUGUGA